AUGGAGAAUAGCAGAGCGGAAAACGAGAGACACGAAAAAGCAAACGUGAUGGCUUUAGAGGAACAUAAGCUGAAAGCGAAAAAUCAGAAGAAGGCGACGAAAAGGUAUUAUUCCUUAAUUUCGAAUUUUGGGUGCUUCAGAUCGGACGACGCCGUUCAGGCGGCGGAGAAGCCGGCGCCAGAAGACGGCGGGGGUUUCGAGAUCGAAGCCGCUGGCAACGGGAGGGAGCAAUCGCCGAACCAUCUGAUUGUCAUGGUCAAUGGAAUUAUUGGAAGCGCUCGAAAUUGGAGAUAUGCGGCGACGCAGUUUGUUAAGGCGUACCCUAAUGAUGUUAUAGUACACUGCUCCGAAUCAAACUCUUCAAUGUUGACGUUCGAUGGUGUAGAUGUCAUGGGAAAGAGAUUAGCAGAUGAGGUGAUUUCUGUUGUAGGUCGUUAUCCAAAUCUUCAGAAGAUUUCUUUUGUAUCCCACUCGCUCGGUGGCUUGGUGGCAAGAUUUGCUAUUGCCGAGCUCUAUCAACAAAAUUUUAUUAUGAACUCUGGUCAGGAUAAUGGUGAGGAGGAUGAGAGUCGGAAUUUAUCUUCAGAAGAGAAUAGGUUAAGGGGAAAAAUUGUUGGACUCGAGCCUGUCAAUUUCAUCACCUCUGCAACUCCGCACCUCGGUUCCAGGGGCUAUAAACAGGUCCCUGUAUUCUGUGGGUUUCACACAAUGGAAAAGCUAGCAUCACGUAAUUCGUGGUUACUCGGUAGAACAGGAAAACAUUUAUUCUUGAGUGAUGAUGAUGGUGGUAAACCUCCUCUUCUGCUCAGAAUGAGCAGUGACUCUGAGGAUCUUAAAUUCAUAUCGGCGUUGGAAUCAUUCAAGAGGCGUGUUGCCUAUGCAAACACACGUUUUGACCAUCUUGUCGGGUGGAGUUCUUCAUCAUUGCGUCGUCAGCAUGAGCUUCCAAAACAUCGGAGUCUGCUUAAGAAUCCUAAGUACCCACAUAUCGUAAACGAGGAACUACCGAGGACGACCAAAUCUCAAGAAGUUACUUUGGAAGCUAGUGCUGCCUCUGGCAGGGGCAGGACAAGUGACAUGGAAGAGACAAUGAUAAGAGGCUUAACGAAACUGAGUUGGGAAAGGGUCGAUGUUAACUUCAGCGGAAGUGUUCAAAGAUUUCUUGCCCACAGUACAAUUCAGGUCAAAACUCGGCGUAUCUAUUCUGCUGGUGUGGAUGUCCAGAGAUUCAGAACGGCAGAAAAUUUUACAGAUUUAGAAGGCAGCACCAAUGAAAUAGCUUGGGUAAAAUCUAGCCGUCGGUUUAGUGUCGGUCUCCUCCCAGCGGGGUGCUCCUUGCUGCCGUGGUGUUGCCCGUCACCGGACCGUGCUCCCAGACUCCAGUCACAUCGUGGCCAUCUCGGUUGGUUAGUGUUUUGCCGCUCUUGUCGGUCUCCUCCCAGCGGGGUGCUCCUUGCUGCCGUGGUGUUGCCCGUCACCGGACCGUGCUCCCGGACUCCAGUCACAUCGUGGCCAUCUCGGUUGGUUAGUGUUUUGCCGCUCUGUAAGUGGUUACCGUUUUGGAUCUCGAGGGUGGUUUCGGUCAUUCGGUGUUGUAAGCGGCAUGGUUGGGUGGCUUGCUCCAACUGCCUUGCUGUGGUCGGAGUAUAG